AUGCAGGAGAACCCCGCACCUGACGAAGCGACGAAUACCACUAAAGAAGAAACACAUGAAGCGUCGAAUACCACCAAAGAAGAAACAUAUGAAGCGACGAAUACAAUAAAAGAGACUCCACCUCUCGAGGCCACGAAAUCAGAAAACACCCGCGAGAAUCCUAGCGCAAAUUUGGCAGCUCCACAACAGUCUUUUGCGCAAAGAGCAAAAGCAGGUUUUCCAAAGCGAGCUCUACCUUCAGAAAUGGCAAGGAGCUGGGAAAAACCUACAGAAAAUUUGCAUGCACUUUUUCCACCAGUGGAUUUAGGACCACUUGGUAUAGUUAGCAGGUUUCUAGAGAUAAAGAACCUUCCGCUUACGGCAAUUCCUCGCGACAUACAAAUGAUGGCACCUGAUAUUCCCAUUGUUGAAAUUGCACCCAUUCGAAACAGUUACUUUCAACUUACUGGAUCAUAUGAGAUGAGUUUUCAAAACGAUAAAGCCGCUCUCAAAUUUGUUAAUUUGAGUAUGCAGAAAUAUUUGGGAGGAAAUAAACUUGAAUUUAAGUUCCUUCCGAAAUCUUACGAAAUUAGACCAAGAGCGCCGUUCAACCACCUAAGAGAUUCUGGCAAUAGUAUUGUUGUUUGUGGUUUGCCUAAAAAUAUUUCUGUCGAUCAAAUCCGAGAAAUGAUAUCCGACUCACCCGGGAACCAACAGUUGCUUUGGAAAAAUAUUUUUGAGCUGCCCAU